AUGAAGUCAACUGUAUCUGCAAAUGAAACAGGAAUUGAGGAAAGAAUUCAAGAAGAGGAAGAAGAAAUGAAACGACUGGGAGAAAAGGGAGAAACGACAUAUAUGGAAGCUUCAGUAUCACCAUCAGCUGGCACUGGGCUGCCUGGUCUUGGUCUAUCGAUGACACCCUUCUCUAUACCUGAAUCUUCAGUGUCGAUGAAGUCAACUGUAUCUGCAAAUGAAACAGGCAUUGAAGGAAGAAUUCAAGAAGAGGAAGAAGAACAGGAAUACAAAAAAUUGGGCGAAAAAGGAGAAACGACAUAUAUGGAAGCUUCAGUAUCACCAUCAGCUGGCACUGGGCUGCCUGGUCUUGGUCUAUCGAUGACACCCUUCUCUAUACCUGAAUCUUCAGUGUCGAUGAAGUCAACUGUAUCUGCAAAUGAAACAGGCGUUGAAGGAAGGAUUCAAGAAGAGGAAGAAGAGGAGGAAUACAAAAAAUGGGCGAAAAAGGAGAAACGACAUAUAUGGAAGCUUCAGUAUCACCAUCAGCUGGCACUGGGCUGCCUGGUCUUGGUCUAUCGAUGA